AUGUUGAGUGCCCCUAUGGCAAUGAACCGUGAUGUAAACCAGGUUCAACAAAAAAGCGAAAACCGAUUCAUUAGUCCAAUGCAUUACAGCCAGAGUUUGAUAGAAAUUUCUGAAUUUCCUGACUUUUCUGAAUUUCUUCAUGUCUUUGCACUUAUUGGCUUACUGCUUUAUCUCCACACCUUGUGUCCUUAUUGA